UCUGACUAGUAGUCCCUAGGAAACUUGUGAAGAGAAUGUUGCCAUGUCGCCUCUAUCCAAAUUACCAAUUUCAAUUUCAAUCAAUACAGAUCGUAACCAUAACCUAAAUCGAUUUAGAGAUGGGGAAAUCAACUGCGUUCAAGGAUACUUUCUCAUUCGAAGAACGAUGCCGGGAAUCACAAGACAUCAUCGCCAGAUAUCCCGAUCGUCUCCCUGUGGUAGUUGAGAGGUAUACUAAAACCGAUCUGCCUGAGAUGGAGAAGAAAAAAUACUUGGUACCCCGGGACAUGUCGAUUGGGCAAUUUAUUCACAUACUUAGCGCGCGACUUCAUCUGGCUCCCGGAAAAGCUCUAUUCAUAUUUGUGCAGAACACACUACCUCAAACUUCUAACUUGAUGGAGUCAGUAUAUGGAUCAUUUAAGGAUGAAGAUGGGUUCUUAUACAUGUGCUACAGCAGUGAGAAAACCUUUGGGAAUAUGAAUGGAUGAAUUCUUAUGUAUAUUUUAUGUUUCCUGCAUCUUAUGUGAAUCUGCAGUACACUAUUAUUAUUAUUAUUGUAAUAUUAAAUAAGAAAUAUGAAAAGUGUUAAUAUAUUUAUUAAGAAAA